CCGGUGGGGGUGCCGCGCCCAAUGAGGGCCCGGAAGUGGGUCGCGCGGAGAUUGCUGGGCGGUUCUUGCCGGAAGUGGAGAGCGGCUGAUCGCAGUCCUGAGGUAGUACAUUAUGGCUGACAUGCAAAAUCUGGUAGAAAGAUUGGAGAGGGCAGUGGGCCGCCUGGAGGCAGUAUCCCAUGCUUCUGAUGUGCACUGUGGGUAUGGAGACAGUGCUCCAAAAGCAGGAGCAGUUCCGUAUGUGCAAGCAUUUGACUCACUGCUUGCUGGUCCUGUGGCAGAGUAUCUGAAGAUCAGUAAAGAGAUUGGGGGAGAUGUGCAAAAACAUGCAGAGAUGGUCCACACAGGUCUGAAGUUGGAGCGAGCUCUCUUGGUUACAGCCUCUCAGUGUCAGCAGCCAGCAGGUAAUAAGCUUUCUGACUUGUUGGCACCCAUCUCAGAGCAGAUCCAAGAAGUGUUAACCUUUCGAGAGAAGAACCGAGGUAGCAAGUUGUUCAAUCACCUGUCAGCUGUCAGUGAAAGUAUCCAGGCCCUGGGUUGGGUGGCUAUGGCUCCCAAGCCUGGUCCUUAUGUGAAAGAAUUGAAUGAUGCUGCCAUGUUUUAUACAAACCGAGUCCUCAAGGAGUACAAAGAUGUAGAUAAGAAGCAUGUGGACUGGGUCAAAGCCUACUUGAGUAUAUGGACAGAGCUGCAGGCUUACAUUAAGGAGUUCCAUACCACCGGACUGGCCUGGAGCAAAACGGGGCCUGUAGCAAAAGAAUUGAGUGGCUUGCCAUCUGGACCCUCUGCUGGAUCGGGCCCUCCUCCCCCUCCACCAGGCCUACCUCCCCCCACAAUUCCCACCAGUUCAGGCUCAGAUGACUCUGCUUCACGCUCAGCACUGUUUGCGCAGAUUAAUCAGGGGGAGAGCAUCACACAUGCCCUGAAACAUGUGUCUGAUGACAUGAAGACCCACAAGAAUCCUGCAUUGAAGGCUCAGAGUGGCCCAGUGCGCAGUGGCCCUAAACCAUACUCUGCACCUACACCAGGAGUCAGCCCCUCUCCCAAGCCAGUCACAAAGAAGGAGCCAGCUUUACUUGAACUGGAAGGCAAGAAAUGGAGAGUGGAAAAUCAGGAGAAUGUUUCUAACCUGGUGAUUGAUAACACUGAGCUGAAACAGGUGGCUUACAUAUACAAAUGCGUCAACACAACAUUGCAAAUCAAGGGCAAAAUCAACUCCAUUACAGUAGAUAACUGUAAGAAACUUGGUCUGGUGUUUGAUGACGUGGUGGGCAUUGUGGAGAUAAUCAAUAGUAGAGAUGUCAAAGUUCAGGUAAUGGGUAAAGUGCCAACCAUUUCCAUCAACAAAACAGAUGGCUGCCACACUUACCUGAGCAAGAAUUCCCUGGACUGUGAGAUAGUCAGUGCCAAAUCUUCUGAGAUGAAUGUCCUCAUUCCUACAGAAGGCGGUGACUUUAAUGAGUUCCCAGUCCCUGAGCAGUUCAAGACCCUAUGGAAUGGGCAGAAGUUGGUCACCACAGUGACAGAAAUUGCUGGAUAAGCAAAGUGCCACUGGGUUCUUUGCCCUCUCCCUUCUCACCAUGGGAUAAAUAUGUAUCAAGACGGUUCUUUUUUAGAUUUCCUCUACCUUUCUGCUCUUAAACUGCUUCUCUGCUUUGAGAAGCACAGCUACCUGCCUUCACUGAAAUAUACCUCAGGCUGAGAUUGGGGUGGGAUAGCAGGUCAGUUGGUCUUCUGCAGGAAGGUGCAGCUUUUCCAUAUCUGCUCAACCACACCACCAGUCCAUUCAUAAGGAACUGCAGACCAGGACUGGUGUUUUAGCUUUCAGUUUUUGGGAGUUAUUUGACCGACAGACAGUCUUUUGGAAGAAUUAAGUAGGCCCCAGGAAUUAACAGAGCAGAAUAUUCACACAAAUUAAACCUUUCCUAACAGUCAGCAUGAAGGUAGCAGAGGCUGAUGUGAUUCCAGUUGUUCUAAUCAAACUAAUAUUUCGCUGUUGACAAGUGAGGCAGGGGUGAUAUUGGACCAGAGGCUGAAGCUUCACUCUCUAGCAUUCCAAGUAAAAUUGUUUCCUAUAAUCCUUUAUUCUGCAUUCCAUCCUAGGUCUGCCUGAAACUGAGGGAGCAGGUUCUCCUACCCCAGCAGUUGUGGCAGUGCCCCGCACCCAGGCCAGUUAAAGGAGUCUUUGACCCUCUCUGGCAUCCCUGCCCAGCAUCUUCCUGCAGAGAUGACUUAAAAACAAAAGCAAACACACACACACACACAAAGGAAAAACAAGGCAUCAUUCCAAGUAAUCUGGCAUUCCUCCUUCCUUCCGUGCUAGCUGCCUGUCGUCCAUCGUCACUGCCUUCUCUGCCUGUCAUGCUCAAUAGCUUCUGGCUUCUGUCUGGGCACCUGAACAGAGAACUGAAACCUCCACUCCUGGUUUUAGGUCUUAUGGAAGAAUCUUGCACAGCAUUGCUAAUGUAAAUUUCAGUCUUUCCCUCUAGGACAAACACUUACCAAAAUAUGCAAGUUUUUUUGGUGGAAAGAGCAAUUGUCCUGUGACUUCUACCCAUUUCCUGUGGCCUGUGGAAAUAAACCUUUAUGUACUUAAAGUUAUACAGAAAAUAGAAUAAAAUUAAUACCAAAGUUG